AAGAAAUUCCAUCUCCUUUUCUUCUACCUAAAUUCCAUCUCUUUCAUUACCACCUCUCUAAUAAUCAUCCAACUUUAAUUUCGACUGCUGUCCGGUCUCUAGCUCCCGAGGUCAGUAGUAGGAAGUAGGAACAAUGAGCUCUCUCGGGAACAAGCCCCACGCAGUGGUCGUUCCAUACCCGGGUCAAGGUCACGUAAUCCCGUUGCUUAAGCUGGCAAAGCUGCUCCACCACCGGGGCUUCCACAUCACAUUUGUGAACACAGAAUUCAACCACCGCCGCCUCCUCAAUUCCAGGGGCCCCGACUCCAUGAAGGGCCUCCCGAGCUUCCGGUUUGAGACAAUACCCGACGGCCUCCCUUACUCUGAGGCAAACGCCACGCAGGAUGUCCCCUCCCUCUGCUACUCCACCCAGCAGAAUUGCUUGCCAUACUUUAGGGAGUUGCUCUUGAAAUUGAACAACAUGGCUUCUUCUAGUGAGAUCCCGCCAGUGAGUUGCUUGGUCACGGACUGGGCGAUGAUGUUCACGUUGGAGGCUGCGGACGAGAUUGGGGUGCCGAAGCUGAAUUUUUGGACUGCAAGUGCUUGUGGGCUCUUGGGCUACUUGCACUUCAAGCCUUUGACUGAGAAGGGCAUUGUUCCAUUCGGAGAUGCGUCUUUCCAGACAAAUGGGUGCCUGGACACCCUCUUGGACUGGAUUCCCGGUUCGAAAGUUAUGCGCUUGAAGGACAUGCCGAGCUUUAUUCGAACCACAGACCCUGAAGAUGUCAUGCUGAAUUGGUUCAUUAUCGAGGCCGAGAGAAACGAACAAGCCACUGCAAUUGUCAUCAACACAUUUGACGAGUUGGAGCACGAUGCGCUAGAAGCACUGAGGACCAUGCUCCCCCCAGUGUACACAAUCGGACCCCUUCAGCACCACCUAGACCAGGUCCCCGAUCCCGAGCUGAAAUCCAUUGGAUCCAAUCUAUGGAAGGAAGAUCGAGGGUGCUUUGAGUGGCUCAACACCAAGGCACCUAAUUCAGUCCUUUUAGUGAACUUUGGAUGCGUGACGGUCAUGUCAUCGGAGCACAUGGUUGAGUUCGCAUGGGGACUCGCCAACAGCAACCAGACCUUUUUGUGGGUGAUUCGGCCCGACCUUAUACUCGGUGAGUCGGACAUGUUGCCACCAGGUUUUGUCAACGCGACCGAAGGAAGGGGUUUAAUAGCGAGCUGGGUCCCCCAGGAGGAGGUGCUCAAACACCCAGCGGUCGGGGCAUUCCUGACCCACAGUGGAUGGAACUCGACGCUCGAGAGUGUGUCUGCUGGCGUGACAAUGAUCUGCUGGCCGUUCUUUGCGGAGCAGCACACGAACUGCAGGUACUGCUGCACCGAGUGGGGGCCAAUAGGGAUGGAGAUCAACAGUGAUGUUAAGAGGGAUGAAGUGGAAGCGCUAGUUAGGGAGAUGAUGGAGGGAGAGAAAGGGAAGGAGAUGAGAAACAAAGUCAUGGAGUGGAAGAAAAAAGCCAGAGAAGCUACCAUGGCUCCUUCCGGGUCAUCUUACGUUAAUCUUGAGGCCGUGAUCAAUAAGGUGUUACUUGUGCCGAGGAAGUAGUUCUUCCUAAGUUGUUCAGGGUUUCAUAAUAUAGAGCACCAAGACAGAGAAUAAGGACUAAAAAUUGGAUAUACAAAUGGAGUUUACUCAUAUCAAAAGAGCCAACAAACAUUCAGAACGAACUCAGGCCGAAGCUAUCUCAAAGGUUACAUUAGCAAUAGAAAGUAUCUAUAACCCACAAAUUCGUCCGUAGGAGUUUUUGAGCAAUAACAUCCAGAGGUCGACCCUUCACGGUUGCGAUGAA